AUGGUGCAUCUUCAGAUUUUCCCCCGGGUGCUCUCCUGUGCUGUUCUGCUGCUCCUGCUCGUGACUGUGCUGAGCAGAGGCAGGAGGUGCAGCAUUGCCAAAAUCCUGAGGCAGUACCGCGCCGUCAUCUUCCAUGAGAUCCAGAACCUGAGAAACCUGACUGGGUCAAUGUACAGGAGUGGGAGGGCUGGGCCUGCUUGUCGUUCGGACAAGGACCAGAAGAUCCUGCUGUCCAUCUACAACAUCAGCAUGUCCCUGCGGGAGGUGGGGGCUGGCACUCUGCAAGGCCCUGAGGAGCUGGCAGUCUGGAGGGUGGCCAGGAACACCAACUUUGUGCUCCGGGAGAACUGCAGGAAAAUCAGCAAGAGCCCGCCGCGCACCGCCCCGGCCCCGCCGCAGCGAGGGGCACCCGGCCGCAGGAGGAAACAUCUGCGGGAGAUCGGCAGGAAGGCGGAGAGGCUGGCGACCUGCUGGGAGAAGCUCAAUGCCCUGCACGCCCCCCGCCAGGCACCCUGGGACUCGUAGGGACACCCUCGCCACAGGCCGGGGGGAUGCGCUGCUCCGGCACCGGGGCUGCCAGUGGCAUGUUUGGGAACCUGGGACAAACUCAGCCUUGAGGGCAGAGGGGUUGCUGCCAGCAGAAGCCGGAGCUGAAUUCAUCCUCCUGCUCCAAGUGGUGCCCAGGGACCCGAUCCACCACCCGUGGCUGGGGCUGGCAGGUUGGUUUGCUCUGGGAUGGUUGUGGCAGAAAACUGGAACACCAGAAACGCUGGGAAGAAGGGAAAGAACCAAAAAUAGAAGGCGAGGUGUGGGCUCUUAGUUGCUCCUGGCCCUGCAGCACCUGCUGUUCUCUUGAGGACAAUGGGUGGGUUUUGGGGCUGUAGGAGGACACGUGGGCUCUGGGGGGUCUGCUGGAAGUGAGGCCACAGCACAUCUGCAAGGCUCUGAGGUUGUUAGGGCUGUGCAUGGGGACAGGUGUCCCUGAGGCACUGCUGGGAUACACAGAGCAGCUGGGCACCCGCAGUGGACAGGGAAGUAAAGGUGCAUCACUGAGCCCCUGGGGAAGCCUGGGGAAUUCUGAUAUUCAAAAAUCCCAGGAAGGUGUGGGGGCUUUUGAGGCCAAGGCUCAGCCUCGGUGCCAGGCAGCACUGUGGAGGGACCUGGCUCAGUGACACUGUGGGUGCCCCUGCAGGGAGGGAACAGUGGGGUGUGGGGUGAGGUAAAGUGAAGAGCAUCCUCCCCUGUCACUGUGCUCUGCCAGCUCACCCCAUCUGUGGCCUCCACUGCUCUGCUGGGUGGCAAACAGCCUCUGAGAA